AGAGGCGGACACCGCGGGGACGCCGGCGGAGGCGGGGAUGGACCCCGGCCUCUCGCGCGGGGGCGGGUUGCCCAGCUUCGAGUUCGCCUUCAAUUCAGAGAACUUCUCCGACCGGGUGCUGCGGCUGGAGGUCGUCGCCACCGACGGCGUCGCCGGAGGACCCCUCCCCGACGUGGCGUUACACCGCGAGGACCUCCGCCUCCACAAGGAGGAAGCAGAUGGGCAAACUAUUGACUCUUCCUGGACCAUGGCGGCCACGCCAGUUUUACGAGUAAAGACCAUUUACAUCAGUUCGGUGGUUCUUGCUGCAAACAGUCCGUUCUUUCUUAAGCUUUUCUCAAAUGGUAUGAAAGAGUCUGAUCAGAGGCAUCUAACACUCCAAAUUGCUGAUUCAGGAACAGAUGAAACUGUCAUGAUGGAGCUUUUGAGAUUUAUGUACACUGGAAAGUUGGCAGCAACUGAACCCAAUCUUCUGCUCGACAUCUUGACGGCCGCCGAUAAAUUUGAGGUUCUUGCUUGCAUGAGGCGUUGCAGUCAGUUGCUCACAAACUUGCCUAUGACCAGAGAGACUGCACUGCUCUACCUAGAUUACCCAUGCUCCACUUCAGUGGCUGCUGAAAUUCAGCAUCUGACAGAUGCAGCCAAGGAAUUCCUCGCCAACAAAUACAAGGUUUUUGAUAAAUUCCCUCAUGAAUUGAUGGACAUGCCUCUUGCUGGGAUCGAAGCCAUCUUUUCUAGUUCUGACCUACAGAUACCAUCUGAAGAUGCCAUAUAUACCUUCUUGCUCAAGUGGGUGUGCGAGCAAUACCUACAAACAGAGGACAGGCACAAGAUAUGGAGUUCUCGUUUACUCCCGCUGUUGCGCUUCAAUCAUAUGAGCUGGAAGCAACUCCACGAGGUCCUGACAUGCAGUGAUGAUGCUAUAGACAAUGAGGAAACAACGAAGCGUAUUACCGAUGCACUCCUGCACAAAGCUUACCCGGCACAUGAGCAAGGUGCUCUUGCAGUAGACACAGCAACCUGUUGGCAAGUUCCACAACGAGCCUACAUACAGAAACCUCUGAAAGUGGUUGAGUUCGAUCGACCCCGCCCACAGGUUAUUGUUUACUUGGAUCUAACACAUGAGGAGUGCUCCCGGCUCUUCCCAGAAGGAGAAUUUUUCUCGCAAUUGUUCCAUCUUGCAGGGCACAACUUCUAUAUCAUGCCAACCUGUGAAAUGGAGGACGAGCAGCGUAAGCUAUACAGCUUUGGCCUCUGGUUAGGGAUCCAUGACAAGCCGGAGGGCUCGACAUGCCUGACAUUCAAUUUCGAGUUUGCUGCACGGACAAAAUCGUCAGGAGAGUUUGUGCUCAAGUUGAAGGAUGAGGUCAUCUUCACAGGUGAUUGCAUGCAGGGAUGCGGUGAUCUUUUUGGGGUUCCGUGGUCGACAUUCUUGGCCGACGACAGCCUCUUCAUCGACGGAUUGCUGCAUCUGAGAGCUGCUUUGACGUUGGUGGAGCAGCCUGGAGUACAAACCUGAUGAUAUCUCACUUGGCAGUGCUAGGUCGCUUCAGUGGGACUGAUGCUUCUGCGGCCUUGUUUCGUCAUUCGGGUGCCUGAAUGACACUGUUACAAUGAGAAAGUAGAAAACCUGUGUGCUAGACACUUUUGGUCUGACUAGACUUUUUUUUCUCGUCGAUUACAGACCUGAUGUUUCAUUUCACCCAGCGAAAUUAGGUCGAUCGCUUGAAUGGCGUUCGGUUGUAAUAUGAUAGUUUAGUUAGUUGGCUGUGCGGUUUCAUUCCGACAAUUCCUUGUCUGUGCUGGAAAAGGAGGCUUUGGUGCCUGAAUGAUGCAAGGAAGCUCUUAGAAUGGUGAA